CUCCUAAAGCGGGAGAUUUACUAGUGCGGUAAGAGGGAGGGGGUGGCGUUCCCGCGUUGUUUCCCCCGGUGCUGAGCACCGGAGCGGACAGAGAGUGUGGUCUUUUGCUUUUAGACCAGCAAUGGAGCGGUGCAGGGAGGUGAGGGCCCUGCUGAAGGCCUGGGAGAUGGCAUUCCUUCAAGAACACAAAAGGAAACCCAACAAGAAUGAUGUGGAGUCAGCACCAGAGGAAAUGAAAGAACUCUAUCGAGAAUAUCGAGCCCUAAGAAGAGGCCAGGAGUCAGCAGGUCUUCCUCAGCCUAGCAACUUGGGCCAGAAGGAUGCAGCUGCAGAACAGGCUCCAGAGCUGGGCUGCUGGGGGGCACAUCUGAACAGGAAGGGGACCAAGCCCCUGCCGCCGGCCCAGACGGCCCCCCUCCGGGCACCUUCCAAAUGCUAUGGGAGCACGCUCAAGGCUAACCUGAAGGCUGACCUGCAGGCAGGACCACACUUGGGCCGGAUACCUCGGCUCCCACGCAGACAGCAGCCCGAGAAGUGCCCUUCACCCAAGUCUCAUUUGUCGGUGCCCUCUGCCCCAACAGAAGCCAUGCCCGAUCCCUGUGAGGAAGACACUGCCAGGCUUGAGCCCCCCGUAUCUCCCUGGGGCUUUGGACCAAGGCCCGUUCCCCAGCCUGGGAAGCUGAAGCACUUACAGCACACUCUGGGCCAGAGGCUGAGCUCCCUGGAUCCUGACUGGUUGCAGAGGUGCCAGGUUGAGACAAGGGAGAAGCUAGGAAGGAUAGAAUGCUCCAGCUUGCCGUCCAGCUCCCCGGCCUCACCAGCUGAGACCCAGAACCCAUAUCCAGAGUGGGAGAAGAGCAUAGAACUCCCUGCUGAGAGAGACCUGAAGUCGGCCCCUCAGGGGGAUGCUGUCAGUGAUAGCCCCCUGCCCGAGACCCUGGAAACAAGGCCACUUUGUGGCAGCCCUCCUGGGAAAGAGGAAACCCCUUCUAUGAGUAAGGUCAGGACGCUGCAGAGAAGUCCCACUCAGAAGAGAAAAAGGGAUGGCAGCCAAGACAGACCUCCAAAGCAGCAGAAAACUGGCACCGAGAAGGCAAGGCUUGGGACUGAGCCUGAUGGGGAGCAAAGCAAAGAGUCUGAGAAAGUGGCAGCUCUGGACAUACCCGAGGAAGACCUCCUGGGAGAAAUUGUGAGGCAGACACCCAAGACUGGCACCAGGGCCAGAGCCCCCAGGACGUUCUCGAAGGCUACUGGUAAUUUUGUACGUCUCAACUUAAAGAAGAAAUGCUACGUUAAGGGCUUUGGUUUGAGGGGUAACCGUCUCCGAAAGCAGAUAUGGAAGAAGAAGUGGCAGAUGAAGGGCGAGCAGUUUGGGGGUGGCUGGUCCAGAGAGCAGGGGAAAGACCUCUGCUUCAGGUGUGGGGCUGCUGGGCACUGGGCUUCCCAGUGCCGCGCAACAGCUCCCGCCUGUCACCAGCUGUCUGAGGAGGGAAGCAGUGAGCCCCCUGAAGAGCAGGAGGAGGAUGAGGAGCCGCCCCUUCCCACCCUAGAGGAGGAAGCCCAGAGAGCCAGCAGUGCCUCCUGCCAGGCUGCUGGGAGUGAGGAGCGCAGCAGGCCGGUGUCUCCCAGGGGGCCGGUGCCUCCCAGGGGGCCGGUGCGAGAACCUCCCGCCCUCCCCCCUGCUGUGGAGCCGCUGUACGGCCUGGGGCCCUCCGGCCAGCUGGCAGAGACCCCGUCGGAGGUGUUUGCCGCACUGACCCAGUUUGGUCACCGUACUUUCCGCCCUGGGCAAGAGGCUGCCAUUAUGCGGAUUCUCUCUGGUCUUUCUACCCUGGUGGUCCUGCCCACGGGCAUGGGGAAGUCGCUCUGCUAUCAGCUCCCGGCCCUCCUCUAUGCCCGGCGCAGCCGCUGCGUCACGCUGGUGGUGUCUCCCCUUGUGUCACUCAUGGAUGACCAGGUGUCGGGGCUGCCCCGGGGGCUGAGAGCUGUCUGCAUGCACUCCAGCAUGACCAGGAAGCAGAGGGAGGCCGCCAUGGAGAAGGUGGGCUCCGGCCAGGCGCAGGUGCUGCUGCUGUCUCCGGAAGCGGUGGUUGGGGCUGGAGCCGGGGGCUCCAGCUGCCUCCCCCCGGCCUCCCGGCUGCCCCCCGUGGCGUUUGCCUGCAUCGAUGAGGCGCACUGUCUCUCCCAGUGGUCCCACAACUUCCGGCCCUGCUACCUGCGGCUUUGUAAGGUGCUGCGAGAGCGCCUGGGCGUGCGCUGCUUCCUGGGGCUCACAGCCACUGCCACCCGCGCCACGGCCAGGGACGUGGGCCAGCACCUGGGCAUCCCAGAGGGAGCCAUCUGCGGGACACACUCGGCCUCCAUCCCCCCCAAUCUGCUCCUCUCGGUCUCCCUGGACAGAGACAAGGACCAGGCCCUGGUGACCCUGCUCCGGGGAGAACGGUUCAGAACUCUAGGUUCCAUCAUCGUGUACUGCAACCGCAGGGACGAGACUGUGCGUGUGGCUGCGCUGAUUCGCACUUGUCUUCAGGAGUCUCCGAGCCUAGGACAUUCUGAGGAGUCCCCAAGACCCAGAGGACGGCUGCCAGAGGCCGUGGCAGAGGCGUACCACGCAGGCCUGCCAGCCUCGGAGCGCCGGCGAGUCCAGCGGGCCUUCAUGCAGGGCCGGCUGAGGGUGGUGGUGGCCACGGUGGCGUUCGGGAUGGGGCUGGACAGGCCCGACGUUCGGGCUGUGCUGCACCAUGGGCUCCCUGGAAGCAUCGAGAGCUACGUGCAGGAGAUUGGCCGUGCUGGGCGGGACGGGCUACCUGCCCACUGCCAUCUCUUCCUGCAGCCCCAGGGAGAAGACCUUCGAGAACUGCGCAGACACAUCUACGCUGACACUGUGGACUACCUGACUCUCAAGAAACUGGUGCAGAGAGUGUUUCCCCCAUGCACCUGCUCAAGCCUCCUCCAACAGCUGCAAGUGCUGAAUGGGGAAGUCCUGGAGGAGCAGGAAGUGCCCAGCUCAGGAGGAGAGGGUGCCCAGGAAGAAAGUGGGUUUGCUGCCAGUGUACAGAGAGCCUGCCCAGGCCAUGAGCGCGCCCUCUCUGUCCAGCAGAUGGUGGAGGCUCUGGACAUGCGGGAAGAGGCCAUUGAGACACUGCUCUGCUAUCUGGAGCUACACCCUAAAAACUGGCUGAAGCUGCUGGCCCCGACCUUUGCCACUUGCCAUCUGAAAUGCUACGGUGGGCCCCCAGAACUCCAGGCCGUGGCCAAGAGAUGCCCUCCUGUGGCUGUGACCCUGACUCAACAGCAGACAGCCAAGACCAAAGGCAGGAGCUCCCUAGAAUUCAACGUGGUGGAACUGGCCGACUCCAUGGGCUGGGAAGCGGCCCUUGUGCGGCGCACACUGAACCACCUGCAAUGGGAAGCAGCUCCUGGAACGAGAGCUCGUCGUCGUACUGGGGUGCUGGUGGAGUUUGGAGACCUCUCAUUCCACAUGCAAUCCCCAGGGGACCUAACACCCUUUGAACGGGAUGAGAUCUGUGAUUUUCUGCAUCAGCGGAUCCAAGCCCGAGAAAGGGAAGCUCUAGCCCAGUUACGGGCUACUUUCCAGGCCUUCCAAAGGGUAGCGUUCCCCAACUGUGGGCCCUGCAUGGAGCACGCAGAUGAAGAAAGGAGUGACCAGCUGAAGAGCCUGCUUACCCGAUACUUCGAGGAAGGGGCGGCAGCCCUUUGGGAGGGGGAGUUCAGGGAAGACAAUGAACAGGACCAUGAUUUUGGUCAGGCCAGACUCCAGGACUGGGAGAGUUCUGUCUGCUCUGACAUCCGCCAUCUGCUCUCCAUCCGGCAGGAGGAACAGUUCUCAGGCAGAGCUGUUGCCAGGAUCUUCCAUGGCAUUGGAAGCCCCCGUUACCCAGCAGAGGUGUAUGGUCAGGACCGUCGAUUCUGGAGGAAAUACCUGCACGUGAGCUUUCCCAGCCUCCUCUGCCUGGCCACGAGAGAGAUUCUGGCCUGGAAGCGAGCCUGAAAGGGCCUCAUCUCAGUGAGGACAUGCUAGCCGACCGCAUGCCUUUCCUGCUUUCUGCCAGAAAAGGCACGAGGUACUGGACUGGAAACAUGUUCCAACUACCAUUUACUGUCUAAGGAGAAAGGACAAUCCUCAAGGUGGGAAAUAAAAAGCUCGUGGAUUUGUUUUUA